CGGUGGUUUCCAUGCUUCAGAGGAGACAAACGUAGCGUACAGGGGUGAAAUGACUCUGACCAGAGGAUCUUUCACCUAUGCCAGUGGGGAAGAGUACCACGGCGAAUGGAAAGAAGGUCGGAGGCAUGGUGUUGGCCAGCUCAAGUUUCAGGAUGGAACCUGCUUCUCUGGUCAGUUUGAGAAUGGACUCUUCCAUGGCUCUGGUGUACUGCUCUUUACAGAUGGGUCAAGAUAUGAGGGAGAAUUCGCACAUGGGAAGUUUCAAGGUGCAGGAGUCUUCAGUCGAUACGAUGGCAUGAAGUUUGAAGGAGAAUUCAAAGAUGGACGUGUUGAGGGAUAUGGGCUAUUGACUUUCCCAGAUGGAGCUCACGGUGUCCCACGAAACGAGGGCUUGUUUCAAAACCAUAAGCUGCAGAAGAGAGAGAAGUGUCCAGGAGUGGUGCAGCGUGCGCAGGCUUCAGCCUCCAGCGCUCGCAGUCUGGCACUUUGACUGUCAUGGACCUCAGAGGAGACAUGGUCAGGGUUCCAGCACCUUCUGGGAGGGCCUCAGGGAUGUGUACUCGUAUACUCUCCUCCAGCUCUUCUCCCUGUGUCUUUCUCUCUUUUUUCACCAUCACUUUCUUUUUAUGCAUCUUCCUUGCUUAUCCAUCACAGUGGCUUGGGAUGCACUUGCAGUUUGACCAAACAAUGGCUGUCUGUAUGACUAACUUGAAAUGCACAACACCUUGAA